AUGGCGUCCAGUAUGGCUUCGGAUGACAAGCCCACGCCUUCUCAGGCCGCGGCUGGCGAUGAGAAGGGUGCUGGCCAUUUCACGGCGGCCGACCGCGUGAUCCACGGUGCCAGGAUGGCCACGGAAAAGGAACAAAACAUGACGUUGCUGCAGGGAAUCAAGCUGUAUCCCAAGGCCAUCGCCUGGAGCCUGCUCAUCUCGACAUGCAUUGUCAUGGAGGGAUAUGACAUUUGCCUUGUCAACAACUUCUACGCCUUUCCUCAAUUCAACCAAAAGUACGGGGAACAGCUGCCCAACAGCGAGAAGUGGGAGGUGCCGGCCCCGUGGCAGGCCGGUCUCAGUAAUGGCGCCAUGGUUGGUGAACUGAUCGGACUGCUCAUCAAUGGCUGGGUGUCUGAGCGGUUUGGUUACCGGUGGACCGUCAUCGCAUCCUUGAUGGUUUUGAACGGGUGGAUUGCUCUCUUUUUCACGGCGCAGAAUGUUCAGACUCUCCUGGCUGCCGAGAUUCUGUGCGGUGUGCCCUGGGGCAUCUUCCAGACUCUUACCAUCACUUACGCCUCCGAAGUGUGCCCGGUCGCUAUGAGAGGCUAUCUGACAACCUACGUCAACUUUUGCUGGGGACUGGGCCAGCUCAUCGGCAUCGGAGUCAUCAUGUCCAUGCUGGACAGGCGGGACGAAUGGGCCUACAGGAUUCCCUACGCGCUGCAGUGGAUGUGGCCGUUACCCCUCGCCGUGGGCAUCUUCUUUGCCCCCGAAAGUCCCUGGUGGCUCGUUCGACAAGGCAAGUUGGACGAGGCCAAAAAGUCCCUGCUGCGUCUGACCAGUCUGAAUCGGGAGGUGGACUUUGACGCCGACGAGACAGUCGACAUGAUGGUGCACACGACGGCUUUGGAAGAGAAGACGACGGCCGGCGCCAGCUACUGGGACUGUUUCAAGGGACAUGACCUGAGACGGACAGAGAUUGUCUGCAUGGUGUGGGCCAUCCAGAACCUGAGCGGCAACUCCUUCUCCAACUACUCGACCUACUUUCUGAAGCAAGCCGGACUGGGCGAAAGACAAGCCUACGGGUUUGCGCUCGGUCAGUAUGGAAUCAACAUGGUGGGUGUGUUCAGCGCUUGGUUUCUGAUGAGCCGUGGCAUCGGUCGGCGGUCGCUCUACCUGUACGGGCUGUGCGGCUUGUUCGUCAUGCUCAUGGUUCUUGGCUUCCUCGGACUGGUGCCCGAAGAGCAGCGGAAGCAGGGCGCCAUUGCGACGGGCAGCAUCAUGCUCGGAUGGGCUCUCACGUAUCAAAGCACGGUUGGAACUGUGUGCUACUCGCUAGUCAGCGAGAUCUCGACCAGACGGCUGCAGAUAAAAACUGUUGCCCUUGGCCGUGUUCUCUACAUUAUCGUGGGCAUCAUCACUGGGGUGCUCACCCCAUACAUGCUGAACCCGGGGGCCUGGGACUGGGCCAACUAUGCCGGUUUUUUCUGGGGUGGAUCGUGUUUCCUAUGCAUCAUCUACACAUACUUCCGGGUACCAGAGCCAACCGGACGCUCCUUUGCCGAGCUGGACCUUCUCUUCCAGAAGGGAGUCAGCGCCCGCAAGUUUUCCUCCACCAAGGUGGACGUCUUUGAGGACGAAAUCAACGACGGGCUUGUGGAUAGACUCCAAGCCCAGAGGGGGCCAGAUGAUGCCAAAGUAACUGGGAGGAAGGCGGCAUAG